AUGAGAGCAGGCUGGAUCGAGCCCAAUAACGGUAUCAUCGACACUGUUGUGGGGGGCGCUCCAUCCUCCUGUGUGACGGGAGAAGUCCUCUUUGCAGCACCUUUGUCUCAUGUCGAGCCUGGAAUUGAUGAAAAAGGAGUGCUUUGCCUCCGGGGCCUUGUCCUCGGCUUCUUUCAAGAGAAGAUUGAUCAGGAGGAGGAGAGUCGCUCCAAGGUCCAACUCCCAGGAUGGGACCGCCGACUGUCAGCCGUGCAGGCUCCUUCCCCCUCAGUGAGGGGCUGUUCCAAUUCCCAAGAGCUAGCUUAUGUAGUCGAGGACCAGACCACCAAGUGCCCUGACUUCAGCUGCUGCCCGGCUCGCACUGCACCCAACCUCUGUGGCCCCUCCCAUGAGUGGUGUUCCAUAUUGUCCGACUCUGGCAGCGGGCGUACUGUUCGACGGGUUCUGACGGCCUGCCUGCUGUCCUUCCUGGCCCUGCUGGGCUCCGUGUCCAUCGACCUGGGCCCCAACUUCCACCUGCUCCACUCCACGCAGGCCGCUCACGGCCAGCUCACGUCUUGCAGAACGGCGGCCAUCUUGCGCCUGCUGGGUAAGCUUCAAGCCGCGCGCCGCCUGCUCGGGAAAGACCUCGCCAACGUCUCGGCGUGGGACCUCUGCAGUGAUGCCGCGGCCGGUGGCGACGGCUACGGGCUCCCGUGCAACGACGAGACUAGCGCACUUUGCCAGGAGAUGGCGAGGACCGUCGGCGGCUUACUGGGAACAGGUGAAAACUACACCUGCGACCUAUCUGCAGUCAUCGGAGGACUUCUUGAUAUGUGGGGAACGGUAGAAGAUACUUUGAGCAGAGCCAGGCGCGACUCCAUCUGGAGGGAUGUUCUCGCUGCCAGACUCCUGCUCACAUUCAAAGAACUCAACCACCGGCUGAUGGACGUCCCCCACGUGCUGGAUCUACCAGACUUCCAGGACAGGUGGGGUUUUUUGUUGAAGCACUUGAGCUUUGCGGCGCUUAUGACGGAACAACUCAACGACUGCUGGUUGGAGAACAUCGACCGAAAACUAAACUCCAGCCGACGUUUCAAACACCUUCUGGACACCGACCUGUGGGAGUUCUCUCCGGGGAAAGACCUACCCGGGUCAGGCCUCGGACUCCAAGCUCUGAAGGACACCGAGCACUGCCUGUUUGCUGGCGCGGUGCCGGCGCUCAGGAAGGCGUCUCGCUACUUGGCGUCGCGCCUCAGCAUGAAGAUCAGCCUGCUGGCCAUCGCCUGCCUCAGCUACCCGCUGGUCAUGUUCUCCUUCAAGCAGAUGACCGAGUGGAUACACGACUACGCCCGCAGACUGAAGGACAAGACCGAGGACUUGAGGCGUCAGAGGCAACUGGCCGAGGACCUGCUGCACCAAAUGCUGCCCAAGUCCGUGGCCAGACAACUCCGCCGCAAUAAACACGUGGAGGCCGAGAGCUACGAGAAGGUGACCAUUUUCUUCUCGGACAUUGUUGGCUUCACGUCCAUCUCAGCCUCCUGCACGCCUCUGCAGGUGGUGGGCAUGCUCAACAACCUCUACCUCUGCUUUGACACGCGCAUCGACUCUUACGACGUCUACAAGGUGGAAACCAUCGGUGAUGCGUACAUGGUGGCCAGCGGUCUUCCCGAGAGGAACGGGGACAGACACGCCGAUGAGAUCGCCAAGAUGGCGCUGGAUCUGGUGGCGGCCGUCAGACAGGUGUCCAUCCCUCACAUGCCCGACCAGAGGCUGCAGCUCCGAGCCGGAAUCCACACAGGUCCGUGCGUGGCAGGAAUAGUGGGCUCCAAGAUGCCAAGAUACUGUCUGUUUGGGGACACCGUCAACACCGCCUCCAGGAUGGAGUCCACCAGCCUGCCUCAGAAGAUCCACACCAGCUCAGAGAGUUACUUGGCUCUGACCAAAGACAACGCCUACGAGCUGCAGCUGCGUGGAGAGAUAGAAGUGAAGGGCAAAGGCAAGAUGAAGACCUACUGGCUGCUGGGCCACAAGAACUUCAGUGUCCAGAACGACAGUCUGGUCUGCCACUGGAACCCAAACAAGGCCAGGAAGAAGAAGAAGGUCGUGGCCAGCAGUGAUGUCUCCGUGGGCAACUCGUCAGUGACAGUGCAGAGCCUGAGUGAGAAGGUCUCCCUUCCCUCCAAUCCAAGUCCUCCCCAGGCCGGCGUGAGUGUGCCGGGGCCCUCAGGCACUAUGGGCUCCAUGAGUGGGGGCCUGCAGUCCUGCCAGACCUCCCAGUCCAGACCUGCAGUCCUGCCAGACCUCCCAGACCAGACCUGCAGUCCUGCCAGACCUCCCAGACCAGACCUGCAGUCCUGCCAGACCUCCCAGUCCAGACCUGCAGUCCUGCCAGACCUCCCAGACCAGACCUGCAGUCCUGCCAGACCUCCCAGACCAGAAGCAGAGCUGGCGAGGAGAGCCACAACAAGCUGGACCUGACGUAGCACAACAAGUCAGUCCUAGAAACUUUGCUUCUUCAAUCUGCGUUGUCAUGGAAACACGCGGGGGCGUGGCUUUAGUCCAGGGCUGUCCAAACCUGAUGGCUAACGGCCGUGGAACAUUCCAAAUGUAGUCCAAGUAGAACACUUCUACAUUC